AUGCGCUUCAACGCGGCCAUUGCCCCGGCUCUCUGUGCCUCGGUCCUCCUCGCUGGCAGCACCCUCGCACAGGAGGACAGUGAGCCAUCAGCCACUGUGGUUGAGCGGCCAACUUUCACUCCCACAAACCUGAAAGCCCCCUUUCUAGAGCAGUUCACCGAUGACUGGGACACACGGUGGACACCAUCUCACGCCAAAAAGCAAGACUCCAAGAGCGACGAGGACUGGGCCUACGUUGGAGAGUGGUCGGUGGAAGAACCAUCCGUCUUCCCCGCCAUUGUAGGUGACAAGGCGUUGGUGGUGAAGAAUGCUGCUGCGCAUCAUGCUAUCUCCGCCAAGUUCCCUGCGGUCAUCAACAACAAGGGAAAGACGUUGGUCGUUCAGUAUGAGGUCAAGCUCCAAAACGGCCUCGAGUGCGGAGGUGCCUAUAUGAAACUCCUACGGGAAAACAAGAAACUACAUGCUGAGGAGUUCUCUAACGCCUCGCCGUAUGUUAUCAUGUUCGGUCCUGACAAGUGCGGAGCGACAAACAAGGUCCACUUCAUCUUCCAACACAAGAAUCCCAAGACUGGCGAAUACGAAGAGAAGCACCUCAAGAGCCCUCCCCAGGCAAAGAUCACCAAACUUACCACUCUUUAUACUCUCAUCGUCAAACCAGACAACACCUUCGAACUGUUGAUCGACAACACGUCGGUGAAGAACGGAAGCUUGCUGGAAGAUUUCUCCCCCGCCGUUAAUCCUGCCAAGGAGAUUGAUGAUCCAAAAGACAAGAAGCCCGACGACUGGGUCGAGCUUGCCCGCAUUCCUGACCCUGAAGCUAAGAAACCUGAGGAUUGGGAUGAGGACCAGCCUUUCGAGGUCGUUGAUGAGGAGGCCGAGAAGCCCGAUGACUGGCUUGAGGACGAGCCCGCAACUAUCCCCGACCCUGAAGCCGAAAAGCCAGAAGACUGGGAUGACGAAGAAGAUGGUGAUUGGAUUCCUCCUCAGGUCCCGAACCCCAAAUGUGAAGAGGUGUCAGGCUGUGGAAAGUGGGAACCUCCAUUGAAGAAAAACCCCUUGUACAAGGGCAAGUGGACUGCGCCGUAUAUCGACAACCCAGACUACAAGGGGCCAUGGGAACCGCGCAAGAUCCCCAACCCAGACUAUUUCGAGGACAAGACGCCCGCCAACUUUGAACCUAUCGGAGCAAUCGGCUUCGAGAUUUGGACCAUGCAAUCGGACAUCUCAUUCGACAACAUCUACAUCGGGCACUCCAUUGAGGAGGCUGCGGCUUUCCGAGCCGAGACCUACGACAUCAAGCGACCAAUCGAGGAGGCCGAAGAAGCCAAGACGAAGCCCAAGACACCAGAGACACCCAAGUCCCCCUCGGAUCUCAAAUUUGCCGAUGAUCCUGUCACCUUUGUCAAGGAGAAGCUGGAAUUGUUCGUCACUCUUGCCCAGAAAGACCCCAUUGAGGCCAUCAAGUUCAUGCCCGAGGUCGCUGGUGGGAUCGGCGGAGUUGUCGCCCUGCUCAUCGCCAUCGUUGUCGGUCUGUCUGGCCUGGGUGGCUCGGCGGCUCCAAGCAAGGAAGACAUCAAGAAAAGCGCUCAAAAGGCCAAGGAUGCCGCCACUGAUGCAAAGGACAAGGUUGCUGAGGCUGUGGCAAGUGGCGCCGAUGCGGUCAAGGCUGAUGUCAACAAGAGAACCACUCGAUCAAGCGGCAGCGCGGAGUAA